CUGAAAUGCAUGCAGAGUGCCCUAGGGGAGUGCACAUCUAAUUUAGAUGCUCCUUUUUGUUAUUUUCAGACUCCCAAGAUGGCGCUAUCCUGAGGUGGCCAAUGCCGUCGGUUCUCUUUGACAUGCCGUGGUGGCAGGAGCUCUUAAACUCCACCCUCACCCUCAAUCAAAGCAACAGUAGUUUGUUCCUGCUCGACGUCCCCUGCUGGCAAUCAAGCGCCAUGACACUUACACUAGUGUUAUGCUACUGCCUGGUGCUUAUUUUGGGCUUGCUUGGUAACAUCCUCCUCAUUUGCAUUAUUAUGCACCAGCGGGACCCUCCUAACGUCACUAGCAUCCUCAUUGCCAACCUUUCGGUUUCUGACAUCCUGGUGAGUGUGUUCUGCCUUCCCUUCACUGUGGUUUACACUCUUAUGGAUCACUGGAUCUUCGGUGGGCUGCUAUGUCGCCUAAUGCCAUUUGUGCAGUGUGUGUCGGUGACAGUUUCAGUUCUGUCUCUGGUUUUGAUCGCACUUGAAAGGCACCAGCUCAUACUGCAUCCAUCUGGCUGGAAGCCGAGCGUCCCACAGGCCUACAUAGCCGUUUUGAUUGUGUGGCUGUUGGCCUGCGUAACAUCAUUACCUUUCCUGGCAUUCCACAUGCUCAGCAGCGAGCCAUACAGUCUGCUUCCAGCGCCGCUUAGCCAGCUACAGGCGUGUCUGGAAGUCUGGCCUUCUCAGCAGCACAAACUAGUCUACACCACCAGCCUGUUAAUAUUCCAGUACUGCUGCCCGCUACUCCUCAUGCUUCUCUGCUACCUUCGCAUUUUCCUGCGGCUGCGACGCAGACAACGCAUGCUGGAGCGCCAGUGCUGCCGCAAUCGAGAAGACGAACACAGGCGUGUGAUGCACAGCAAACGCAUAAAUGUUAUGCUUGCCACUUUGGUGGUUGCAUUUGCUGUGUGCUGGCUGCCAUUGAAUGCCUUUAAUGUGGUGGCGGACUGGUACCAGGAGGCACUGCCUGUGUGUUACCACAAUCUGCUGUUUUCACUCUGUCAUCUGCUGGCCAUGAGUUCCACCUGCAUCAACCCCAUCAUCUAUGGCUUCCUCAACAGCAACUUCCGCAAGGAUGUGUCCUCUGUGGUGCUACACUGCCAUUUUCAGCCAAUCGAAGACAGCUACGAACACUUUCCAAUGUCCACCAUGAACACUGAUGUGUCACGGACAUCUUUUAGACUCAGAAACAGUUCUGUGUAAUUGGACUUAUUGCUUAAUUAAUCUGGACAUCAAAACCAGUGUUUAGCUUAGAUCAACCUUGACUUCCACUACAGUGACAGAUGCCAUAUGGUGGUAAUGUGGAAAUAAAAGUACAUAAAUGUAUUGAAAAUGUAUUUAUGUUAACUUGUUCUACGAUUGAAUGGAUUGAUUCUGGAUUCUGAUUGGUCCAAGGAAGGAAGUCAUGACUAAAACCCAUUUGAUUUAUCAGGAUUGAAUCCUAAUCCUUGUUGUAACAUUGAGGUAUGUAAUGCACACUGAUUAUGUUUUAAAUUUGCAAAAGCAUUUUACUCUGCUAAAACUGGUGGACUAUAUAAGGAAAAGGCAGCAGAAGGUUUG